AUGAGCUACAAAAACCUUCCAGCGGAACGGAGAAGCCCUAGUAGCGACGAAUUCGAGGUAGCAGACGACAAGACAGUAUCUUUUCACGCUCCAAUCCUGUUGGAAGAGAUGGCGAACAGAAAUUUUGAAGGACCUCCCCACGCAACUAGUGGAUCAAGUAAGACGGCGACACAGUCAUGUAUCGCAAGUUUGCUAACGUAAAAAAAACAAUUGGCUUCUAUGUUAUUCAUAUAGAGUGUGCAUUGGAGAGUGAAAUUCAAAUUGAAAUUUAACAUGCAUACACCUUACUCGUUGGCCUGUUUCAAACGCCGUUCCACUAGCGUGCUUAACGGCCCAGUAGCCAAACAGAAUUCAAAAGGAGAAAAAUGCUCAUUUCGGUCAAACUGCUUGCGGUCGAGCCGUUCCGAAUUGAAACAGGCGACAGAAUACAGGGCCAUAUUUUCAGGUCUUAAACUGAAGUGGCUCGGUGGCUCGCUAGUCACAACAAGUGUUUAAAGAACGAGAAAGAUAUAAGACAUAAAAGUAUAAGACAGACAUAGAAGGCAUAUACUUUAGUAUGUAUUAUAGCAGAUUAUAGGUAUAUAUUUUAGUGGCUCGGCGGCUCGGCGGCUCGGCGGCUCGGUGGCUCUUCAGUCGCGGUUAUAUAGUUUAGUGGCUCGACGGCUCGGUGGCUCGUUAGUCGGGACUACCGAGCCACCGAGCCACCCCAACGAAUAUACCUAGAAAAUUUGCCCUGUAUUCUGUAGUUAAGCCGUUCCGAACUACUUGAUUCAGACGCCGAACUUUUCAUGUAUUUAAGUCAAUGUCCUAGGUUCGGCUCAUGAAAAGUUCGGCGCCUGAACCGGGCCUAACAUUUGCAAUUUAAGACAACGAGAGGGCAAAACAUUGUGUCUACAAUGCACUACGUUUUUUUGUCAUACUUCAUGAAGCCCAUAGUGAUGUGAAAUUUGAUUUGCAACCUUUCCGGUAAUAUGAGCAAGAAACUCGCAUCAAUCUUGACAUUCAGUAUUCAAAUAGGGAAGUCAAACAAACACGGCGGUGACGUUUGAAAGAAAAAAAAAGUAUUAGGUUUAACAAACAAAACUACAAUUCUGCAUCUGCACUUCCAGCCCAUUUUUUAGUACAUUUCUUUGCCGUAACUGCACACCCACGACGUACAACUGCAUAUUUUCAAGUUUCAAGGACGAGUUUUAGCUCGUCCUAAAAUAGGCGAUGGAUUGUUCAGUAUUUCCCUUCUUUGAACGUGCAUGGCUAAGGUUUUUUUAAGAGUUCAGCAGGGGUACCCAACGAGAAUAUAGUUCAAAACCACUUAAACAUAGCAUUGUUAAACGUAUUUUAGUAUUUUAACGGUAGAUAUAGGCGUAUUUUUAUCCCCUAAAAAUUUUUCAUCUGUUCGGAUUUCCUAGCUGAAAGUCUAGUGAUCCGAAAAUUAUAGGGAUCAAAACUUACCUUUUCGAAAAUUUCAGCCAGAAAAGAGGCUCCGGAAAAUUCUAGGUGACCUUUUUAGGGUAAAAAUCCGUUAAAAAUGGGCAAUUAUACCAGUUUUUAGAUGUUCGAAAAUCCUAGGAGAGGCAGGCAAGCAAGAAAUUUUACAACAAAUGUUUCGAAAAUUCUAGAUCUCAAAUCGUCUUUUGAACAGAUAUUCUUCCGAAAAUUGUCGUUGGGUGCCUCUGGUUCAAGUCCAGAAGACUUUGCCGAAGAAGACACUGCCGUUGCCUUAGAAGUUCAAUUCUUUAAAUUCUAAUUUUAAUAACUGUAUAUUAAACUCUCGAUGAAAAGUUCCUUGGAUAUACAUUUUGUAAUAAAAAUCAGCGACACUUUUCGACGUCUACGAGGUCAUUUUCAAGUGGGCGGAGUGAAAAAUAAAAAUUAGCAAAAAGAUAUUACAAACGGUUUGAAAAAAGUUUAAAGGUGAGAAUACGAUGGGAAAUAAAUGCGAUAAAAUAUGUAAACGGUAAGUGAUACAAUGUUUUAAAAUUGAAAAGAAAUACAUUUUUUUUCGUUUCCCUUCAGAGUUCGAGUUACUAAGGUUCUACUGUACUAAUAACGCUAACUAAAACCGAUCUAAACAAAUAAUUUUGCGCGGAUGGAAUCGCACUGUUUGUUUAAUUCUUGUUUUCAGUUCCCAGUUUGAAGAAAAGCAUUUCAAAAAUAAGGCAAUCAAGUGUCUUACAAUUUUAAAAUUUCGCACAGUAUCAUUUGGGGGUAUAUAACUGUCAUGAUAUUCACACUAUUUACACUAUAUUAACAGUUGUUAGCGGGCAUAAGUCAAAUAUGUUUUAUUCAAUUUCCAGUUGAUAUGGACUUUCUAGCCUCAAUUGCUCCACCUGUAGUGAGUCAACCCCAGGCCUUUUCUGAUACUAUGUUGGACCCUGCCUCAAGAGGCAUAAUGACUGGACUAACCACUGCGCACAUGAGUGGUACAACCCUGCAAAGUGUUGUUAGACAAAGCGCUGAUCAGCUACAACGUACAGUUCAGGGCCAGUUUGUUUCUCUGAAGGUCAGGAAUACUUUGACAACUGCCUUAGUAGUGUUUCAUAAGUAGUGUUUACAAUGGGCCAUUCACGCAUAUUUGUCAUCUCGCAUAGUAAUGCAGCUAUAAGAAUGCACAUUGGUGUUGUUUAAACCAAACUAGCAAGAAUUACUAAAUUUCGGUAGCUUUAGUAAAGAGAAAAUGCGAUUUUGGAAGUAGCAUAUUUUCCAUUAUUUAUUGUACUAUCUUUUCCACAAAUGUUUAAAUUCUUGCAUAGGUGAAAAAAGGUGAUCAGUUCUUUACUGCCAUCCUGAUAUUUAGUUCAAUUUUGUGUUUAAUUAUUAAAUAAUUGCUAAUUAUUUAUUAAUUAGUAAAUUUUAAUUAUUGUUGUAUUUUGAAAUUCAGGACAUCUAUAAGUUAUAGAUGGUCACAUGUCUGUCAGUUUCUAAUUGUUAUCUUAUUUUAUGUUAUCUUUUUUCUACCCUUUCUUAUUUCUUUUAUUUCUUGCUAAUCUCAGUGGUCACCAUGCCUAUUGCCUCCAAACAGCAGACGUAUUUCAGGUUGUCUUUUCUCUCUCUUCCAAACAAGAGCCGAAAAAUGCGUCUGCUCCCUGCAGGCUACCCUGUCUACUAGUACAAUCGUGGGCAAAAGUCUUGGGACACUUUCGCGUUUAUGGGGCGUUUCACACAGGUCCAACCCCUCCCCUCACCCCACAAACAAUGUUGGACGCGUGUAUCGAGAAUUUUUUUCCGAGUUUCAACUUUGUAUAAGGUGGGGGAGGGAGAACUGCAAGAAAAUUUGGGAUGUACUGUUUUAAGAGGGAACCGAGAAAUGAUAGAAAAAUAUGAAUAUUGCAGUACUGUCCUAAGGACUUUUGUCCAGUAUUGUAGGUAUAUCGGUUAUUUUACAAUCCAAGUUUUCUUGCUCUCGCUUUCUCUCACAGGGUAAUAUGAGUUACAGAGAUCUCUUGGCAGGGCUCAUCUAUGAAGGUGAAAGUUUUCAAGCCUUGAAUAACUUCACAUUUAUGAACUACACCAAUGUACAAUUCUGCGAUGACGCUGGUAUCCCAUUGACCCAGCGUAGCGGAGGGAUUUGUCUUUUGACAAACAAAAGGAUUCUUUUCUUAUCCUCACAGCUUACAGUUGGUGAGUACAACUCCCUUUAAUUCUGAUCAGACAUUUGGGUUUUAUCUUUAGUUUUGGGCCAUUAACAUUUGGCCAAGAAUCGCCGUCAUGUUAAUCAAUUGUCCUUUCUCUUGUAUGAUGCUAGAAAUGUACAGAAUGAUUCAAAUGCACAAAUGCUUUUUGGUAAGGUUCUUUGGUAACAAUGCGGAAAUCUCAGACACGGCCAUUAACAUCUAACAAUGGUCAACAUGUUAAUGGUGCAUCUUUGAUGUCGCCGCUAGAGUCUUUGAUUGGAAAAGAAAAUCUGACCUCGAUUGCUGCCGGAUUUAAAUAAUAACGUCAGUAUUUAAGAAGAACUACGCUAGGGCCUAGCUAAGAUGUAAAUACCAGUGCUUUUGUCAGUGCGGUACUUUUUCAAUUUUUUUACUUUCGCGUUUGGAUAAAAUACUAUGUGAAUGUCCCAAAGGACAUCCUUGGCUUGUAUGUUUUUGUUCAAGGGUGGGUCACGUUACUCUGGAAAAAUUGCAGAUAUCCGCAUAAGUUCCGUAAAGAGAAAAGAGGCAAAAUCUUUCAUGAAGAAUAUCAUGCACUGGUCGGACAACAAAAGAUACAAGCUGAGGAGGAUAUUGAUCAAAGCCGUUCAAGACAGAUUAAGGAAGCGAAUAGUAAAAUACCAAAUUUUAUUGUCAGUUGACUCUAACUCUCUGUUGAUACCUGUCAGGUACGUCCUUGGCUCAAUGGGGCAAUCCAAAGAAACUGCCAGGAGGGUACUCUCUUACGUCAUCAUGUAAUGACACCACCUACUACCUACCCAUACCCCUGCGCUGUUUACGCAGUGUGGAGAUGUCUGGGGAGACCGGAGUCCGGGCAGAUUUAUCAAUUCAUGGCGUUGCACCUUGUUGCUGUGGAUGGUGUGGCUUGUGCGGGGUAUGCAAUUAAAUUUGCUUUAAAUAUCUUAUCUACAGUUAAAAAUACCUUAGUAUGAGGAAUUAACGCUGAAUGAAAUAAACCCGAAGUUAAAAUCGUUUGCAUUCCUGUCAGGUUCGUUAAUUUUUGUGGGAAUUAAUUUGAACUACACCAGUUUAUUGGUACUUAAAUUUACCUUAUUUUACCAAAAAAAUUCUGGAUCCAGUUAGAUGGGAUUGGUGAAGUGAAAGGUUUCUUUAGUUUUGCUUCCAACAAAAGAGGAAAGACUAUUAUUUUCAUCAGGAAAAAGUGGUUCUUUAUAUUAAUUACGUUACGUUACUUUACCUCACGUUACUUUAAAAUACUACCAUCUUCGCGAUCUAUUUCUUUUUUGGGGAACUAUUCUUUUUUUCAAUUCGCGGCCGCAAUCGUCGAGUUAUUACAAACGACAAUCCAUUAGGUGAUAAGGCUCCAUCAAAAUUAACACUAAGGUGGUUUAUUAUUCGACAGAACAGGCUCAGUGGCGGAUCCAGAGCUUCAGAUAAAGGGGGGAGGGGGCGGUCAUCCAGACACUGAGAUAAGUGGGGGUGGUCACCAAAAAACUUUUUUGCAGCCCUUCGGGCCUCAGUUUGGUGUACAAAUAAGUGUGUGUGUGUGUGGGGGGGGAGGAGGGGGGGUCGGGUGGGGGGAGUGGGUGGGGGAUCCGCCACUGAAACUGCCAGAUGUGGUUAUUAAUUUGUAACAAAAAAAAACUGCCCAGUCAGAUCACUCUAUUCCUAAAUAUUAAGCGAGAACCCUUAAGGAGCACAGUUUUCAUUGGCACUCACAGGGCAAUAAGAGUGCAAUUUGAAAAAUUUGGUCUGUUAUGCUAAAAAAAGAUUUGGCGAAAAUGGCAGUGAGUGUUUCAUUUCAGUCAAGUGUGGUUUUCGCGAAAAGAUUCGUUGUUAAGGCGAAACCAUAAAAUUGUAACUCAAAAUACACUGUUUUGUAGUUGUGGGGAUGCUGUGCAGACUCUGGUGCUUUAAAGCAAUGGAGGCCACAGCCAAUGAAUCGCAGUCAAGUGCAAGAGAUGUUCGUCACUGUUGGACUUUUGAUGCCACCAUGGGAUCGCAAGAUGUUUCUCAAAAUUUAUAUUGAUCCAAAUGUCCCUCUUCCGGUGACCAGAGAUUUUGUUGCUUUACUCCAAAAGAAUUCACCCGGCUUGUGUUAG